GUCCUGCUAGUCUGGUCCUUGUUCCCGUCUGGGUACCAGCUUCCUUCUGCAGCGCGACAGUGGGGCCUGAGAUCAGGGAAGGAGAAAGAGUCAGUGACCGGAAUUUUGCAGAUCUGCAAGUCUGUUGUUCACAGCACUACACAACAGGCUAGAAAAGACCAGGGAGAAGUUGACCCAGGCAAUACUGAAGUAAUUACAUUCAAAGAGGAAUAAACAGAAAACAAAGGAAGAGGAAAAGGAAAGAAGGAAGAGGACAGACACAAGAUGAAACCCUGUCAAAAAAUAGAAGGAAAACCAGAAAAUGAGAGUGAACCAAAGCUUGAGGAAGAGCCAGAGUCUGAGGAAAAGCCAGGGGAGGAGGAAGAGCCAGAGGAGAAGGAAAAAACAGAAGGAACUUUUAGAGAAAGGCUGAUCCAGUCUCUCCAGGAAUUUAAAGAAGAUAUACACAACAGGCAUUUAAGCAAGGAUGAUAUGUUUAGAGAAGUGAAUGAAAUAGACGAGAUAAGGAGAGUAAGAAACAAACUUAUAGUGAUGCGUUGGAAGGCUAAUCGAAACCAUCCUUACCCCUAUUUAAUGUAGUUUACCUUGAUUUUUAUUUUUCUGAUAUUAACAUUGCCAUAUAGCUUUCUUAUGAUUUGCAUUUUCCUGAUAAACCUUUGUCCAUUUUUCUACUUUUAACUUGUUGCUCUUAGUUGUUUUAGAUGCAUCUCUUAUUUCUGCAUCUCAUUGUUUAUUGUAUUUUGAAUCAAUCUUCAAAUCUCUGCAUUUUAGUAGGAGAGAGAACUUUAUUCAUUUGUACAAAAAGAGGUUCCUUACAGGAUAUAAAAUGAAAAAAUGUUACUAAGGAAUAUGUGAAUAUCAUAUUUUUAAAAGGAAAGGGUACAUUUGUAUAUACAGAUAUGCACAAAAAAAAUGUGAGAAGUGAAAGACAAAAAAGUUAAUUAAGUGGUAGGAUUAUGAGUGAUUUUUAA